AUGGCGGCCGGUCCGAUAGCAGAGAGAAACCAAGAUGCCACCAUCUAUGUCGGCGGUUUGGAUGAUAAAGUUACGGAAACACUGCUGUGGGAGCUGUUUGUGCAAAGCGGUCCCGUCGUGAACGUGCACAUGCCCAAAGACCGCGUGACGCAGAUGCACCAGGGCUACGGUUUCGUAGAGUUUCUCGGAGAAGAAGAUGCCGAUUAUGCGAUUAAAAUCAUGAACAUGAUCAAGCUAUACGGCAAACCGAUUCGCGUAAACAAAGCCUCAGCUCACCAGAAGAGCCUUGACGUGGGGGCCAACAUUUUUAUAGGCAAUUUGGAUCUCGAAGUGGACGAGAAGCUGCUGUACGAUACGUUCUCUGCCUUUGGAGUGAUUCUGCAAACGCCAAAGAUCAUGCGCGAUCCAGAGACGGGUAACUCGAAGGGGUUCGCGUUCAUAAAUUUCGCGAGUUUCGAGGCCUCAGAUGCAGCCAUGGAUGCAAUGAACGGACAAUACCUCUGCAAUCGGCCUAUAUCGGUUUCUUACGCGUUCAAGAAGGACUCCAAGGGAGAGCGACACGGCUCCGCCGCAGAGCGACUUUUGGCGGCACAAAAUCCGUUGUCACACGCGGAUCGACCGCAUCAGUUGUUCGCCGAUGCACCAGUACCGCCCUCAAUGCAUCCGGGCAUGAUGGGUGGCCAUCCAAUGAUGCCUCCGCCGUUGAUGGCCCCUCCUCCACCUCCAAGCAACCCAUCUGUGUUGCCGCAACCGCCAGUAAUGCCUCCGCCGCCUCAAGCACCGGGAGGCUACGGUGGACCAGGGGCUAUCCCUCCUCCACCGUUGCCACCUCCGCUAGGAGUACAGCCGCAGCCUCCGUUGCCUGCAGCCCCCAUGGGAAUUCCACCGCCACCUCGAAUGAUACCACCUCCACCGUGGCAACAGCCGGGUGCUCCGGCACCGCCAGCUCCCAUUGGUGCUCCAGCACCGCCACCAGCUCCAUCGGCUCCGUUUCCGCCGCCGCCGCCAGCAUUUCCACCUACUGCGAACAACGCUGGACAUUUUCCACCACCACCUCCAGCUCCCAAUGCACCUCGGCCGCCUCCUCCCGGUGGAAUGAGACCUCCACAACCUCCACCACCACAACUGCCCGGAUUCCCGCCAAGGCCCCCGGCGGUUGGAGCAUUCCCUCCCCAACCGAGAUUGCCUCCACCACCUCCAGCAGCACCUUACAACACCGAGGGCUAUGGAGCAUACUGAACCGUCAUUCUCAGGAUUGCAGGAUAAGUGGACCCUCAAAACGACUACAUUUUUACUUCCGUUUUUCCACUGACAUGACGCGGCGUUUGUUCUGUAUUCGCUUGGCUCGUAUGGUACACAUUGAAAUAAAACUAAACAAAAUGGAAUUAUCAACACCAUUUUCCUCCAGUAUCAGUUUUUUCUUUUACCAUCC